GGCAAGGGACGCAUCUGGCUGCAUCCCUUCCUCUGCAGUGGCACUGAGACCAAACUGCAGAACUGUCCUCACUUUGGCUGGGGCAACCACUUUUGUGGCCAUGAGUGGGAUGUUGGGGUGAUCUGCUCAGAGGCACUGGAGCUGCGGUUGGUGGAUGGUGGUGGACCCUGCGAGGGGAGAGUGGAGGUGAAGCUUCGGGGACAUUGGGGCACUGUGGCUGAUGAUGCUUGGGACAUGGAUGAUGCUGAGGUGGUGUGCCAGCAACUGGGCUGCGGCUCUGCUGCUGGCGCCUACUUUGCCUCACGGUUCCGGUCAGUAGACGGUCCCAUCAUGAUGGCCUUUAUUGACUGCCGUGGAGAUGAGGCUGCCCUGUGGGACUGUAACAUUCGGGGCUGGGGUCCCUACAAUGGCCCUCAUGAUUAUGACACUGCUGUGGUCUGCCAAGGGUUCUCCCGGCUGGCUGGAGGGGACAGUGAGUGCUCAGGGAGGCUGGAGGUGCGGCAGGGCCGGACCUGGGUCAGUGUCUGCCAUGGCCAUGUGGACCUCAGGGCCGCCCAGAUCGUCUGCAGGGAGCAGGGAUGCGGUACAGCAAUGAAGCUAAAAGAGGUAGUGGAUUUUCAGGCAGUAGCAGGGCCAUUCUAUGAUGGAGCCUUCAAGUGCAAGAGCACCGAGCCCCUCCUGUCCGCGUGCACACAGCAGCCUCCCCACAUCCAGAAUUGCACCCAACCCACUGCCAUCAUCUGCUCCCCAUACACUGGGUUCCGGCUUGUGGAUGGAGGCUCAGUCUGCAUUGGGAGGCUGGAGGUGGAGGCACGAGGGGUGUGGAGGCCCCUGUGUGCCACUGCCUGGGACCUGCCUGAUGCCCACGUCCUCUGCCACCACCUGGGCUGUGGCUUUGCUGUCUCUCUGCCCCCACCAGGCCAUUUUGGGACCGGGACAGGGAUACUGCUGCAGAAUGCCCUCAGAUGCAGUGGGAGUGAGUGGCACCCGGGCGAGUGCCACGUGGAGGUGCUGGGACAGCCCGCCUGCCCCCCCGGGCACACUGCUGCCGUCAACUGCUCAGGUGUCACAGAACGCCUGCAGCUUCACAAUGGGGAGAGCCGGUGCGAUGGACGGCUGGAGGUGGCCGUACGCCCCGGUGUCUGGGCCCGUGUGUCUGUGGGGCUGUGGGACAAUGGCACUGCCACCGUGGCGUGCCAGCAGCUGGGCUGCGGUGUGCCGGAGAAAGUCUAUGCUGCACCAGACAACGGCUCGGGCCCCAUGGAGCUGCAGGAGCUGCACUGUGUUGGCACCGAGGAGCUGCUGGCACACUGUAAUGCCUCAGGGAUGGCCACAGAGCCCACCAAGAGCCACAAGGAGUUGGCCAUCACCUGCUCAGGUGAGUGCACAAGGAAGGACCACAGGCAUCACACUGCUAUCCUCAUCCCCA